AUGACAGCUCGACCACUAGUCUUCUACGUCAUUCAGCGGCGAUUAGAUGCCGAAGCCCGAGGUUCUGCUACCGAAGACUGGAAGGACGGACUGUCUCAGAAUACAGUAGCUGUAAUCGACAGCUGUAUAACGGCAGCACGGGCUACCACAGUUAUCAUGGAUGCCGCUGCGAAACAUAAUUUGGUCGCUACAUAUGGCUAUCUCGACGGGGAGUAUAUCUUCUCUGCUGCCCUCCUGUUGGUGAUGGUUAAUGCCGCAUUCCCGCAUAACGAAACAAAUGCCCGAGCGAUGGAGACGGCACUGAGUCUGCUUCGCGGCAUGGCAGACCGUGGAAAUACGUAUCUCGGCUCGCGUCAUUCGCUGUUACUCGAGCUGCAGUCCGCCAUUGGUCCGAACCGUACGAGAGGAGAGGAUGCUGUCCUCAAGGCUCCUGUCACUCCAGAUAGUACGCAACAGCCAACACCAUCCACGAACGUGGUUGAAGAGCAACCUCCAGCGGUGUCGCCGUGGCCACUGGAACAAGAUCUACCAACGAUGCGAGAUAUUACGUUUAACUUUGACAUCAACGACGACCCAGGGCUGUGGGAAGAGGUUCUACACCAGAUCGAUAUUGAUAUGGAUACAGACUGGAUUGAGAAUACGUUAAGGAAGUGA